CAAAGGUUGAAUAACAGACAAACUUUAUUUUCACUCCUGAAAGCUUCCAACAACCCCAUCCCUCAAAAGGCAAAGCCAAAGGAGAUAGAAAGAUAGAUCAAAUCAUAGUAUACACAGCAGCACAACCACCUCCCAUUUCACCACCGCCACCCACCACCCACCAAUGGCCACCCUAUCCCUCCUCUCUCCACCCAACUCCCACUCCCUCUCCUCCCUCCACCACCGUAAUGCCCUUUCCCUCCGCACCUCCUCCACCCUUACCCCCCGCACCCGCCCCCUUCUCUCUAUCAGAGCCUUCUCUGCACCUGCCCUCACCCAAGACGACCUCAAGAAGCUCGCCGCUGAUAAGGCCGUAGACUACGUCAAAAGCGGCAUGGUCCUCGGCCUCGGCACCGGCUCCACCGCCGCCUUUGUCGUCGCCAAGCUCGGCCACCUCCUCAAAACCGGCCAACUCUCUGACAUCGUCGGCGUUCCCACUUCCAAGCGCACCGAAGAGCAAGCCCUCUCUCUCGGCAUCCCUCUCUCCGUGCUCGACCACCACCCCAGCAUUGACCUCGCCAUCGACGGCGCUGACGAGGUGGACCCGGAUCUCAACCUCGUCAAGGGACGCGGCGGCGCCCUCCUCCGCGAGAAAAUGGUGGAGGCCGCCUCGGAUAAGUUUGUUGUGGUAGUGGAUGACACCAAAUUGGUUAAUGGCCUUGGUGGGAGCGGCUUAGCAAUGCCGGUUGAAGUUGUGCAGUUUUGCUGGAAAUACAAUUUGGUUAGGUUGCAGGAGCUGUUUAAGGAAGAGGGGUGUGAAGCGAAGCUGAGAUUGAACCCGGAUGGGAAGCCCUAUGUGACCGAUAAUUCAAAUUACAUAGUGGAUUUGUAUUUCAAGACGCCGAUAAAAGAUUCAAUUGCGGCAGGGAAGGAGAUUUCAUCCUUUGAAGGGGUGGUGGAGCACGGGUUGUUUCUGGACAUGGCCACUGCAGUGAUUAUUGCUGGGAAGGAUGGAGUGACAGUGAAGACAAAGUGAGAGAUCUUUUGGUGGUGGUGAGAAUUGAUUUGCCCCCCUACUUUGGGUUUUUUGUUUUUCGGGUUCUAUAUACUUGUUGUUCAUUAUUUCUUGGUGAUUUUGAGUUUCAUUUGGUGUAACUCUUAGAUGGUGGGUAUCUAUCAGAGGGAGUUUUUGUAACUUUGCAGUUCUCAAUGGUGAAUUGGGCAUCUUGAAUUUGAUAAAGUACAAGAACAGUGUAGGUGGGAUUGGAGAAAUGUGAAAUAAUCAAAAUAAAAUGUUUUGAUUUUGAUGUCCAUAA